UGGGAUUUUGGGGGGGCAGUGGGUGCAAGGUGUUUGGUUUGUGUCCACCGGCCAGCAGGCAAACUCAACCCACGCGGUGGGGGAGGUGGCUGGCGUGGUGGACCCAGGCCGCGUGGCCCCGGGGCAGCCGAGCCAUGGUCUCUAAACUGAGCCAGCUGCAGACGGAGCUCCUGGCGGCCCUGCUCGAGUCAGGGCUGAGCAAAGAGGCACUGAUCCAGGCGCUGGGUGAGCCGGGGCCCUACCUGCUGGCUGGAGAUGGCCCUCUGGACAAGGGGGAGGCAUGCGGCGGUGGUCGAGGGGAGCUGGCUGAGCUGCCCAAUGGGCUGGGAGAGACUCGGGGUUCCGAGGACGAGACGGACGACGAUGGGGAAGACUUCACGCCACCCAUCCUCAAAGAGCUGGAGAACCUCAGCCCCGAGGAGGCAGCCCACCAGAAAGCCGUGGUGGAGGCCCUUCUGCAGGAGGACCCAUGGCGCGUGGCGAAGAUGGUCAAGUCCUACCUGCAGCAGCACAACAUCCCACAGCGGGAGGUGGUCGACACCACUGGCCUAAACCAGUCCCACCUGUCCCAACACCUCAACAAGGGCACUCCCAUGAAGACGCAGAAGCGGGCCGCCCUGUACACCUGGUACGUCCGCAAGCAGCGAGAGGUGGCACAGCAGUUCACCCAUGCAGGGCAGGGAGGGCUGAUUGAAGAGCCCACAGGUGAUGAGCUACCAACCAAGAAGGGGCGGAGGAACCGUUUCAAGUGGGGCCCAGCAUCGCAGCAGAUCCUGUUCCAGGCCUAUGAGAGGCAGAAGAACCCCAGCAAGGAGGAGCGAGAGACGCUGGUGGAGGAGUGCAAUAGGGCAGAAUGCAUCCAGAGGGGAGUGUCCCCAUCACAGGCACAGGGGCUGGGCUCCAACCUUGUCACAGAGGUGCGUGUCUACAACUGGUUUGCCAACCGGCGCAAAGAAGAAGCCUUCCGGCACAAGCUGGCCAUGGACACAUAUAGCGGGCCCCCACCAGGGCCAGGCCCCGGAUCUGCGCUGCCUGCUCAUAGCUCCCCUGGCCUGCCCCCACCUGCCCUCUCCCCCAGUAAGGUCCACGGUGUUCGCUAUGGACAGCCUGCAACCAGUGAAACUGCAGAAGUGCCCUCAAGCAGCGGCGGUCCCUUAGUGACAGUGUCUACACCCCUGCACCAAGUGUCCCCCACAGGCCUGGAGCCCAGCCACAGCCUCCUGAGCACGGAAGCCAAACUGGUCUCGGCAACUGGGGGCCCACUCCCCCCUGUCAGUACCCUGACAGCACUGCACAGCUUGGAGCAGACAUCCCCAGGCCUCAACCAGCAGCCCCAGAACCUCAUCAUGGCCUCACUUCCUGGGGUCAUGACCAUUGGGCCUGGUGAGCCCGCCUCCCUGGGUCCCACAUUCACCAACACAGGUGCCUCCACCCUGGUCAUUGGCCUGGCCUCCACUCAGGCACAGAGUGUGCCAGUCAUCAACAGCAUGGGCAGCAGCCUGACCACCCUGCAGCCUGUCCAGUUCUCCCAGCCACUGCACGCCUCCUACCAGCAACCGCUCAUGCCACCCGUGCAGAGCCACGUGACCCAGAGCCCCUUCAUGGCCACCAUGGCCCAGCUGCAGAACCCCCACGCCCUCUACAGCCACAAGCCCGAGGUGGCCCAGUACACGCACACGGGCCUGCUCCCGCAGACCAUGCUCAUCACUGACACCACCAACCUGAGCGCCCUGGCCAGCCUCACGCCCACCAAGCAGGUAAGGCCUAGGUCUGCCGCUCUCCCUCGCCUGAGCCAGACCCCUCACCGCCACACUCCCGGGGCUCAGGAGUCUGCUCUGCUCCCCCAGGUCUUCACCUCAGACACCGAGGCCUCCAGUGAGUCCGGGCUUCACACACCAGCCUCUCAGGCCACCACCCUCCACGUCCCCAGCCAGGACCCUGCUGGCAUUCAGCACCUGCAGCCCGCCCACCGGCUCAGCGCCAGUCCCACGAUGUCCUCCAGCAGCCUGGUGCUGUACCAGAGCUCAGACUCCAGCAAUGGCCACAGCCACUUGCUACCGUCCAACCACAGCGUCAUCGAGACCUUCAUCUCCACGCAGAUGGCCUCUUCCUCCCAGUAACCACGGCACCUGGGCCCUGGAGCCUGUACUGCCUGGCUGGGGGGCAAUGAGGGCAGCAGCCAGCCCUGCCUGGAGGACCUGAGCCUGCCGGGCUCCUGCUGCCCUUCCUGGAAAGCUGUGCCUCACUCUGGGCUUUGCUGUGACGCAUCAGAAAGGGAGGGCUCUGAGGCGCCCCAACCUGCAGAGGGCUGCUCCGGUCACACACAAGGGGGCCAUGGAGAGCAUGAGCAGAGCCUGCUCCUGGCAGAUGGAAGGACUGUCCCUGCUGCUUGGGAUACGAAGGGGGCAGCCUGUGACGUGGGCACCCCCAGCCUGGGCCUGUGGUGAGCCCUGGGACCCCUACACCACUCUGGCAGCCACGCUUCUCAGGACACAGGCCUGUGUAGCUGUGACAUGCUGAGCUCUGAGCAGCCCUGGGUCAGUGUGGCCUUGUUCUGCCACCUAUGCACCCACAGGGCCACUCCAUCCCGCCCCCACUCCUUCCAGCUAGGGACGCACAUGCUCUUUGUACUGACCCUGUCGUCUACUCACAUAGGCAUUUCCUGGGUGGCUACUCUGUGCCAGGGCCUGGGGCUCCAAUGUCCACGUCCAGGGGGGCUGAAGCUAACAGGGAAGGUAGGCAGGGUCUCCCAGCUUCCCUGGUCCCCAGCGAUUCCCUCUCCUGGGCCCCAGGGCCUCCAGCUUUCCUGGAUAUCAGUUCCCAAGAGCAUUACACCCCCGAGGCCAGCCCGGCCUCCUGCCUCUAUGGGGAAGGCCGCUUCAGAGCUGGGAAGUCGUCCUUCCUCCUGUGGGAGUCUCGUGACCCGAGCCAAGUCCAGGUCCUGUGGGGCAGCUCCUGUGUCUCGAGGGUCCUGCAGACCCUGCUCUUGUUUGGGGAGAAGCUGCUGUGCUCAGAAGGUAGCAAGGCCCAAGCAGCUGGCCAGGCUGAGGCGCCCAGGAGAGGAAAGAGGUGACCCCAGAGCAGAGGAGCUGCCAGUGUGGACAGGACUAAGCUCAGGAGCCUGGGGCCCUGGCUGGCUGAGGGCACUUCGCAGCCACCAGGAGUCUGAGGUCCUGAGCACCACCAGGAGGGACACAGGAGCCUGUGAAGCCCGGACAAGCAUGGCCCCGUGUCUCUGCGCCUGCUGCUGAGAACCUGGUCCUCGGAGCGCCACCAUCACCCUGGGAUUCAGGAGAAGGCCUGGGCGACCCGGCACCCCGGCAGCUUGUAGCCAGCUGGGGCGAGCGGCACAUUUAUUUAACUUUUAGUAAAGUCAAGGAGAAAUGCGGUGGAAA